CAUGGUAGGAUUAAGUUUGAUAUGCGCAAAACCCUUGAUCUUGAUGAUGAUGGAUGUUAUCUCCACGUGGGAAAGAAGGAAUGUCUUCAAGAGUGUGGGUUCAACGCCACAGCCAAGACAAUUCUGAUUAUUCAUGGCUGGACGAUGAGUGGAAUGUUUGAAAGCUGGAUGCAUAAACUGGUAGCAGCUGUGCAGCAGCGUGAGACAGAAGCUAAUGUGGUGGUUGUGGACUGGCUAAGCUUAGCCCAUCAGCUGUACCCUGAUGCUGUUAAUCACACACACCAAGUUGGGCAGAGCAUAGCUGUCCUACUGGAUUGGCUCCAAGCAGAAACUGAGCUUCCAUUUCAAAAUGUGCAUUUGAUUGGCUACAGUCUUGGAGCACAUGUUGCUGGAUAUGCAGGCACCUAUGUAAACGGAAAAGUCGGUCGGAUUACAGGCUUGGACCCAGCAGGUCCCAUGUUUGAGGGAGCGGAAGCACACAGACGACUCUCCCCAGAUGAUGCUGAUUUUGUUGACGUCUUGCACACGUAUACACGGGAAGCACUUGGAGUUAGUAUCGGUAUUCAGCAACCAAUUGGUGACAUCGAUAUCUACCCCAAUGGUGGUGAUGUGCAACCAGGCUGUGCCCUGGGUGAUGUUCUGUCUACAGCAGCAGCUGGAAACUUUGUGGAUGUCAUGAAGUGUGAGCAUGAACGAGCCGUCCACUUGUUUGUAGACUCACUAAUGAACAAGGAACAUACGAACUUCGCUUACCAGUGCACCGGUCCAGACCGCUUCAAAAAAGGCAUCUGCCUGAGUUGCCGAAAGAACCGCUGCAACAACAUGGGUUACAACGCUAAGAAAAUGCGUAAGAGAAGAAACAGCAAGAUGUAUCUGAAGACUCGUGCAGACACUCCGUUCGGAGGGUACCAUUAUCAAAUGAAGAUGCAUGUGUUCAACAGAAAACAAGCUGAUGAUUCAGAUCCCUCAUUCUUUGUCAAGUUGUACGGCACAAACAAUGACUCUCCUGACUUGGACCUGGACACUCCUAUUGGCUUGAACCUCACCAACACUUUCCUGGUGUUCACUGAGGAGGACAUUGGUGACCUUUUGAAGAUCAAGCUGACCUGGGAAGACCCUACACAAUCCCUGUCAUCUGUGUGGAAAUUCAUCAAAAGUUCAUUCUGGUCCCUGUCAAGCUCACCAUCUAAUCAUGUACUUGAAGUUAGAAGAAUCAGAGUAAAAUGUGGAGAAACACAAAAGAAAUUAACCUUCUGUGCUGAAGAAUCCUCCCCAACUGAGAUUAUGCCUGGAAAAGAGAUUAACUUUGUCAAAUGUAGGGAUGGAUGGGAAGUGAAGCCAAGUAAAAGGUUGCACAUCUGAAGAACACACUGUAUUUAUAGGGACCCAAAGGCAAAGCAGGACAUGGUUUCACCCCUGCUGCCUGAGCACUUUGAUG